GGGCGGUGCCGUGACGCGCCUGGCGGGCGGGCCUCGGAGGCGCCGCUGUCGUUCCCGCGGCUCUCGGAAGUCGGUGCCGGGAACUGGAGGAGGCGGUGGCGCCGGCGUUGUGUGGGACCCUGUGGUGUAGGUCCAGUUGUUCCUGGGAAGCCUGCCCUGCAAGUAUCCCAGCCUGCUUGUACUAGUCAUGGGAAGAGUUUUUACACUGAGAGAAGUUAAGAGAGCACUGGAAAGCUGGGGAUGCACAGAGAAAUAGUUGGGAUUGUCAUGGAAAAUCUUGCAGAAAUGUCUCUCUACCCAUCGCUUGAAGAUUUGAAGGUAGACAAAGUAAUUCAGGCUCAAACUGCCUUUUCUGCAAACCCUGCCAACCCAGCAAUUUUGUCAGAAGCUUCUGCCUCCAUCUCACAAGAUGGAAAUCUCUAUCCCAAACUGUAUCCUGAGCUUUCUCAAUACAUGGGCCUGAGUUUAAAUGAAGAAGAAGUACGUGCCAUGGUCUCUGGAGCACCAACUCAGGGGCAAUUGGUAGCAAGACCUUCCAGUAUGAACUACAUGGUGGCCCCAGUAACAGGCAAUGACGUUGGAAUUCGUAGAGCAGAAAUAAAACAAGGGAUUCGUGAAGUCAUUUUGUGUAAGGAUCAAGAUGGAAAAAUUGGGCUCAGGCUUAAAUCAGUAGAUAAUGGUAUAUUUGUUCAGCUAGUUCAGGCCAAUUCUCCAGCUUCAUUGGUUGGUCUGAGAUUUGGGGAUCAGGUCCUCCAGAUCAAUGGUGAGAACUGUGCAGGCUGGAGUUCUGAUAAAGCACACAAGGUGCUCAAACAAGCUUUUGGAGAGAAGAUUACCAUGACCAUUCGUGACAGGCCCUUUGAGCGGACAAUUACCAUGCACAAGGAUAGUACUGGACAUGUUGGUUUUAUCUUUAAAAAUGGAAAAAUAACAUCCAUAGUAAAAGAUAGUUCUGCUGCCAGAAAUGGUCUUCCCACUGAACAUAACAUCUGUGAAAUCAACGGACAGAAUGUCAUUGGAUUGAAGGAUUCUCAAAUAGCAGACAUACUUUCAACAUCUGGGACUGUAGUUACCAUAACAAUCAUGCCUGCUUUUAUCUUUGAACAUAUUAUUAAACGGAUGGCACCAAGCAUUAUGAAAAACCUGAUGGAUCACACCAUUCCUGAGGUUUAAAAGUCUUGGCACAAGAAACAGCUGAACUUCUCCAGUUCCCUUCUUUGGCAACUUCUGCAUUAUGCACAUGGAGCUUUCCUAGAGCCAGGGAACAUAUGCUGCAUGAGGAUCUAUCUUACAUCAUGGCUGGGAAUCUUAACUAUUUCAUCUGAUACCUUCUUCAGAUUUCAAGAUAGUUGUAGCCUUAUCCUGGUUUUACACAUGUGAAACUUUCAGAAGAUUUACUGACUUUCCUAAGAUAGUUUCUCUACUGGAAACCUGAUGCUUUUAUAAACCAUUGUGAUUAGGAUGAUGGAUGCAGGUUUAACUUUGCGUGAGAACCAGUCAUAUUUCUCUUAGGUAAUGUAUAGUGCUGUUCAUAUUCAGUUCUGUGGUAUCUCUGCAUUUUUAACACUUACCAUGGUAUAUUUAGUAUGACUGCCUCUAAUAUUUUUAAGUUCUCUUGUGUGUAAAACACCAAUUAAGUUACACUGGUUUCAUUCCACAUAAGCAUUAUACAGUGUAUGCAGGCUGCAAGAGAUUAUGAUGAUUGUGUUUAAAUUUUAACCACUUUCACUUAAUAUGCUUGACUGUCGCCUUAACUAUGCUAAGCAUCUAGAAUAAAAGCCAAAAUAUAAUUAUUGCUGCCUUUCUAAAGCCCAGAAUAUAGUUCUGUAUUAAACUGAAAUGUACACUAGCCCAGAGCAGUUUACUGAUACUUACUGAGCUAUAACAUAGCUGCUUAUAGUUGAGAUUUUCUAGUCAUUACAUAGUGGAAAAUUCUUAAGUUGCCAGUGUCCCAAAUCACUAUAUAUUUCAUGUGAAAACUCUUACAGUAGAUAGGGUAAACUCUGCACUCUUUCUCAUUUGUAGAUUAAGUAGGAUAACACUUAAUUUUGGGUUUGAAUUUUAACCUGUAGGCUAGCUACUUUGGGAUGGCCUUAGAAUGUUCUCCUGUUAAUUUCUUACUGAUUCCUCCCUGCAAAAAAAAAAUGACAGUGACAGUUUGUCCUGACUUUUUUUUUCAUUUUGUUUUACGCUAUCCAAUUAAACAUGUAAAAAUGAAAUUUAAA